GAGAAUGAGUUGGGAGGCUGGAACUGGGAUGAAGGUCUAAACAGGAGUCAAGUAGUUUGACUGAUGUCCAGAGGCGUACCGCUGUUGUGUUUCCUUUCUCUCAGUCAGGCAGGCGUGUGAAACUAAGCGAGGGUCUCCACAUUUGAUCGUGAAAUUUGAGCGUUUAUAGCGGCGAAGUUGUCAAAUUGAUUUUUUUGUUUUGGUUGUUUCGUACUGUGUGUUAUAAAGGGCCUUUUAUUCAUUGGACUGAGUGCGUUUGCACCGCAGUGAGUGAGUGAAUGGAGAUUCACCUCCACUUUUAAACCAUGUUGCAAACUUUUUUCCGGCAACAAUUGAAUUAAACUUUUUAAUAUCAAACGUUCCGCAGACAAUAUAUCGCCUUCAUGAAUUGCGUUAUCACCAUGACUGAUGAAAGCAAAGGAGAACACGGGAAAGGCGAAAGCGGGAAAGAUUUGGAGAAACAGCUACGUCUGAGAGUGUGUGUUUUGAACGAACUUCUGAAGACUGAACGGGAUUAUGUCGGGACACUCGAGUUCCUUUCAGUGUUUCUCCACCGCCUCAACCAGUAUGCAGCCACGAAGAUCGACAAGAACGUCACAGAGGAAACCGUUAAGGUGCUGUUCUCGAACCUGGAGGAAAUCCUGUCUGUGCACCGUAACUUCCUGUCCAUGGUAGAAGAGCUGCUACAGCCAGACCCCCACGCUCACCACGAAGUGGGCCGCUGCUUCCUGCACUUUAGGAGUGGUUUUCAGAUCUAUGAUGAGUACUGUGGGAACCAUGAGAAAGCUCAGAGAUUGCUGCUGGAACUCAACAAAAUCAGGACCGUCAGAACAUGCUUACUGAACUGUAUGUUGCUGGGGGGCAGGAAGAAUACAGAGGUUCCAUUGGAGGGCUACCUGGUCGCUCCCAUUCAGAGGAUCUGCAAGUAUCCACUGCUGCUCAGGGAGCUGCUAAAGAGGACUCCUAAGAAACACAAUGACUACUCCCUGGUGCUGGAGUCUCUGCAGGUCAUGAAGGCUGUCUGUUCCUCCAUCAACGAGGCCAAGAGACAGAUGGAGAAGCUAGAGGUGCUGGAGGAGUGGCAGUCCCACAUCGAGGGAUGGGAGGGUUCCAAUAUAACAGACACGUGUACAGAGAUGUUGAUGCAUGGAGUCCUGCUGAAGAUCUCAGCUGGUAACAUCCAGGAACGCAUCUUCUUCCUCUUCGACAACCUGCUGGUCUACUGCAAGAAGAAAAACAGGCGUUUAAAAAACAGCAAGGCAGCUACAGAGGGACCGCGUUACCUGUUCAGAGGAAGAAUCAACACCGAGGUGAUGGAGGUGGAGAACGUAGAUGACGGAACAGCGGAUUACCACAGCAGUGGGAACAUAGUGAACAACGGCUGGAAGAUCCACAACACAGCCAAGAACAAGUGGUUUGUGUGCAUGGCCAAGACCCCAGAGGAGAAACAGGAGUGGCUGGAGGCUAUCCUCAAAGAGAGGGAGAGGAGGAAAACGUUGAGGCUGGGGAUGGAGCAGGACACGUGGGUGAUGGUGUCAGAGAAAGGAGAGAAGCUCUAUCACCUGAUGACUAAGCAGGGACACCUCAUCAAGGACAGGAAACGCAAGCUCACCACAUUCCCCAAGUGCUUCCUGGGAAGUGAGUUUGUCAGCUGGCUGGUGGACAUUGGGGAGACUGAUAACCCAGAGGAGGGGGUUCAUCUGGGACAGGCUCUACUGGAGAAUGGCAUCAUACACCAUGUCACAGACAAACACCAGUUCAAGCCAGAGCCAGUGCUGUACCGUUUCCGCUAUGACGACGGGACCUACCACCCCAGGAGUGACAUGCAGGACGUCAUCUCCAAGGGUGUCAGACUCUUCUGCAGGCUCCAUAGUCUCUUCACUCCGGUCAUCAGGGACAAGGACUACCACCUGAGAACGUACAAGUCGGUGGUGAUGGCCAACAAGUUGAUAGACUGGCUCAUAGCACAGGGGGACUGCAGGACGAGGGAGGAGUCGUUGAUCUUGGGGAAGGAGCUGUGUGACAAUGGCUUCAUGCACCACGUGUUGGAAAAGAGUGAGUUCAAAGACGAGCCUCUGCUGUUCCGUUUCUUUGCGGAUGAGGAGAUGGAGGGAUCAAACACCAAACACAAGCAAGCCAUGAAGCACGACCUGAAGAUAGCUGAGAAUGUCAUCGCCAAGUCGCUGUUGAUAAGACCCAGUGAAGGAGGUUAUGGUUUCAGCCUGGAGGACAGAAACAGAGUACCCAUCAUCAAGUCAGUGGAGAAGGGCUCGCAUGCGGAGAUGGCAGGUCUAGAGGUCGGGAGGAAGGUGUUUUGUAUAAAUGGAGACCUGGUGUUCCUGAGGCCCUUCCCGGAGAUGGAGGCUUUCCUCAAACACUGCUUCACCAGCAAGGGACCUCUCAGAGUGCUGGUUAGCACCAAGCCUAGAGAGACAGUGAAGAUCCCAGACUCAGCAGACGGACUGGGGUUCCAGAUCAGGGGCUUUGGCCCUUCUGUGGUGCAUGCUGUUGGCAGAGAUCCUGGAGGCGCUGGCGCAUAGUGAUGACACGCUGGUUCAGAUGUGCAGUAGACUGAGCUCCAGCUGUGACGUCAUCCCCGAGAACCUGCAGGUCCGCUUCAGCGCCAUGUGUGGAGAGCGGGUGGAGCACAUCAACAGACGUAUCACCAACUACAGAAAGUUCUCGCGGGUGUUGAAGAACAGGGCGUGGCCCACCUUCAAGCAGGCCAAAACCAAGGUGUCCCCGCUCCACAGCAGCGACUUCUGCCCCACCAACUGCCAUGUGAACGUGAUGGAGGUGUCCUACCCCAAAACCACCACCUCUCUGGGCAGCGCCUUCGGAGUGCAGCUGGACAACAGGAAGAGUUCCACCCUGGAGAGAGGAGGUCGUAACGCCGAACAAGGUAAGCUGAACCCCAUGGUGUACGUACAACACACCAUCACCAGUAUGGCCGCUCCAUCAGGUCACAGUCUGGGUCGUACGGAGGGUCACGGCCUCCGCUUCCUGCUCCGGGAGGAUGACCUGCUGGUCUUGGACUCCUACCAGAAACUACUAGGCAAGCUGACCACGCUGGUGAAAGAGAUGGAGGGCCACGCCUCACAGAUACACGACCUCCUCUCCUCCAUCACCCUCCCCCCUGCCUCAGACAUGAAGACCCCCGAGAGUUACAUCUCAGCGGAGAGCGAAGGAGAGCGAGGAGGAGAGAAGAACGGAAAGAAGGUGUGUUUCAACGUUGCCGGAGACGAACAGGAGGACUCAGGACACGACACCAUCAGCAACAGAGACUCCUACAGUGACUGUAACAGCAACAGGAACUCCAUAGCUUCCUUCACCAGUAUCUGUAGCAGCCACUGCAGCUCCUAUGUUCACAGUGAUGAGAUGGACUCAGGAGACGAGAUGCCUGCCAGUGUUUGGAUAUCUCAUGAUAAGCAGAAGAAACUACACAGCUUUCUGGAGCAUCUCUUCAGCCAGGUGGAGUCCAUCACCAGUCUGCUGAAGGGAGCGGUGGUGGCCAAGGUCUUUGAACAGACCAAGUGUUUCACACCUGGACGAGGACUACAAGAGUUCCAGCAGGAGAUGGAUCCUCGGGUUAACUGUACCAAGAAGCUCCGUGUCCACAUCAAGCAGGACCCAUGGAACCUCCCCAGCAGUGUACAGGCCCUCACACACACCAUCGCCAAGUUCGUCGAAGAGGUGAAGACACGACUGCUCUUGGUCCUACUACAGUACACAGACUCAGAGAUCCAGUUAAGAAGAGAUAUGGUAUUCUGUCAGUCUCUGGUAGCAGCUGUUUGUGCCUUCUCCCAACACCUACUGGCUGUUCUCAACCAGACCCAGGGAUCAGGCAGGGAGGCAGACCCAGAGGCCCCGGACCCCCAGGACCCUCAGGAGGCCCAGGAGGCAAGCCGACGGUGGCUGGAACAGAUAGCCUCCGCUGGGCUACUUCUCCACUUCCAGUCCCUCCUCUCUCCCAACCUGACUGAUGAGCAGGCCAUGUUGGAGGAUACUCAGGUAGCUCUGAUUGACUUGGAGAAAGUCACCUUCUACUUCAGAGAGUUUGAAGGAGAACCACUGGUUGCAAACAUGCCCAUGUCGUAUGAGGUGGAGGGGACCCGCCAGGCCCUGAAGGUCUGUUUCUACCUGGAGACAUUCUACUUCUCCCAGCUACCCCAGCGCCUCCGGAACGGAGGAGGCUUCAAGAUCUACCCUGCCCUGUUCACCCAGGCUCUAGAGAGUAUGGAAGGGUAUUACUACAGGGAUAGUGUGUCUGUAGAGGAAUACCAGGCUCAGAUUAACUCUGCCUCGCUGGACAAAGUCAAACAGUACUACAAGAGACUGAGGGCUUUCUACCUGGAUAAGUCCAACAUUCCCCCCAGCUCCACACCUAAAGCUGCCCUCAUAGACAAGUUGAUGCGUCCUCUGAAUGCUCUGGAGGAGUUGUACCGGCUGAUGGAGAGUUUCAUCUCCUCCCGUCGCACGGCAGCCUGUCAGUAUACAGCCUGUGGGGCGUCAGGAGUUGGCCUGCUUACCGUGGCAUCAGAACUCUGCUCUCGCCUCGGAGCCACACACAUCGUCAUGUGCAACAGCGGCGUGCACCGCUGUACCCUGAGUGUGACCCUGGAACAGGCAAUCCUAUUGGCUCGUAGCCACGGCCUUCCCCCACGAUGCAUCAUGCAGGCUACUGACGUCAUGAGGAAACAGGGUGCGAGAGUUCAGAAUUCAGCCAAGAACCUGGGAGUGAGAGACCGCACUCCGUCCUCUGUACCUAGACUGUAUAAGCUGUGCCAGCCUCCACCCCCAGAGGGUGAUUCCUAAUUCCCUAGUUCCUGUAUGGAUCUGUCCAGUCCAGCGAAGCUCUGCUCACCCUUCUUCCUGAUCCAUUCCUUAGAAGACUUCUCUCUUUCUACCACUGAAGAAUCAACCUAGGGAUGUGUCCCAAAUGGCACCCUAUUCUCUAUUUAGUGCACCACUUUGGACCAGGACCCAAAAUGCUCACACUUGUGAGUUCAGUGGGUUCCAAUAGGGCUCUGGUCCAAAGUAGUGCACUAUAUAGGGUAUAGGGUGCCAUAUGGGACAUAGACCUGGAAACAGAACAUUUUCUCUCAUCGACAGCCAGCUUGCCUUUUCAAAAUGCCCACACUCAGUCACUCAACAGUGGGCUCAGUGGGUUCACAAUUUGUAAAUAGUGAAUUUUUAAUACUCUAUUUCUCUCUCUGCUAUUGUGCUGUACUUUAUAGCUGAUUUUAAAAUGGAUUUAUAUAUUUGUCUUGUGUCCAGCUACAUUGCAUCUCAUUUAACAUUAAUAGUGUUUUAUAAUGAAACAACAACAGAGCCUGAGAUUGGUGCCUUGAGGCUGACGUCCAACCAGCCAACUGAAAUGGAAUGCAGCCUAUCCAUCGAUGUUCUUUCUUUCUGCAAAUAACUAUCAUGGAAUGAAAAUUUGCUGUUUUGUUAUCACAAAGUUCAGGAAAUGACCAUUCCAUGACCUGACUGAUGUUGUUUGGAUAUGGUGUGAAAAUGGAAUGAGAUUAUAUGUGUUGUGGGGCAAUAUUGCUGUGCCCCAUUUGCACAGUAAUUUAUUUUCCUUUCUCUCCAACUUGCUCAUUCCAGAUAAUGCAUUCAUGGCUAUGUUGAUAACCAUGCAAAUGUUGUAACAUUGAUCAUAGCGAUACUGUAAAAUUACGUGUAGAUAUGCAGGUAUGACACCUUGAACACUACCAUGUAGCCUUGUAGACACUCUAGUUGCAUACCUUCUCUAGAGUCCCAGGCCGCAUUCCAAUCUAAAUCAGCACCUUCCCCUCCUGCCUUCGCUUGGAGUGUGCCCUCCAGUGACGUGUUACAACGUUUCCCCGAGGGAGCUUUCCCAAGCGAGUGGAGUGGAGGGAUCACAAGUGAAGUGGAUUGAGACGCAACUAAAGAUUAGUAAGGGACCACUGAAAGGUGCAGUGUAGCUCGUGUGUUUUCCAUUCUGCAGUCUCUGUGCCUUAAUGAUGGUAUAUUACAGAUAUGAACAUGAUCAUCUAUACACACAUGAAGUAACCCCCUGAUAUGAAGAGGUUCCUACAUGAACCAUCAGUAUUAAAACAGCACUCCAAGCUUAUGUAAGUAGAGCUAUGAAAUAUAUAUAAAUAUACUUAAAUAUUGUAUAUUGCCAGUACUCAGGAGCUAAGUAUUAUUCUGUAUUUAGGUAUUACUUACAGUAUCAUUGCUAUAUUGGUAACAACAUUAUAGAGUUGGUUAAUUACUGGACUAUACAAACAUGGAAUAUCAAACUGCAUAGAUGAGCUUGGAUACACUCCAAAUGGCGCUCUAUUCCCUAUUUAGAGACCUAUGGAGCCUGGUCUAAAGUAGUGCACUGUAUAGGAAAUAGGGUGCCAUUUGGGACUCGGCCUUCUGUUUGACAGCUGUCCCCAUAUAUCUCUCAAUGUCUUACUGUAAACACAUAGUGUUUGAAAUAAGUACCUUUUCUAAUAUUGCAUAAUGAAGGUGCCUGUUUGCUAUAUAGCAGCUUAUAAUGUGUUGAGGAGAAAACACAUUAAAAGAAAGAGAAAUGUAAAGAUGCAACUGUAAAAAAAAAGAAAGAUAAACACCAAUAGCCAUGUUUGUUUGUUUGACUGAAAAUUACUGUAAUUUAUUUUCAUAUUAUGAGACUGACCCUCCAUAGUUGCCAUAUACACAAUGUACUUUCUCUCGUUUGAAACCAAUUUUCUCUGUAUUACUUUUAAAUAUACAAUGUUACGCUGUAGUCAUUAAUUUCAAUUAAACCAAUUUAAAGGAGA